AUGGCGGCCAUUAAUGGUGAUCAUAUUCAACAUUUAAUACAAAAAUGCAAGGUCGAUGGCAGUAUUUCCAUAGACUUAAGCCAGAUGAAUAUUACCCGAAUCAGUGAUGAAUUACUGUCCUUGGAUCAUAUUGAACAAUUAUAUCUUGAAGGAAAUAAAUUACUGGCACUUCCAGAUGACUUUUUUGAUAGAUUACCUUCACUGAGAUGGCUAGACUUAAGAAAUAAUCAGUUGCAAAGCAUUCCUUCAUCUAUCGGAAAUCAUAAAACCCUGACUAAUUUACUUUUAAGCGGAAAUUUACUGACGGAGUUGCCAGUAGAAUUAGGUAAUUUGACAACAAUGGAGGGUAUUAAUUUUAAUAAUAACCCACUCAGUUUUCCUCCAACAGAAAUUCAGCAACAAGGAAUUCAGGGAAUACUGCAAUACAUGAAAGAAAUACUAAGGGAAAAACAGAAGACCCAAGAGACCACUACAGAUAAUGAACAAGACGAAGAAAAAAAUGUACCAAGUUUGCCUUUAGGACUAGACCACUCUGAUGGCAAGGCGGAGGAUGAAAUUACCGAAAAUUCAGACAAGAUGACCGACUUCGAAGCGAUUGCCGAGAAUUUGACGUUCGGUAUAGGUCAAUUAAUGCAUCAAUCAGGUAACGGCUACGGCAGCGCAAACAGCAAUAGCAAAAGUGAUUCUAGUCAGGGCAAGCCUAUAAAUAUAAAACAUUCAUCUGCUGGCCGUACAAAGAGCAAUCCCAUGGUUGGUGAAAAACAAGUUACAAUUAAUAAGAUUCAAAAGAAAAUUAAAGAGGAUGAGCAUUCAUGGAUGCAAAAGAGAGAUAACCAGCAGAGAGAACACGAACUUCAAAAAUUAAAAAGUAAAAAUACUCUUCGCGAUUGGCGUCAAGAAGGAAAGCGACUACAGCGUAAUAAGCAAAUGGCCGCUGCAAUGAAUCCAGAGGCUACAAAAGCAUCUGUUUCUCCACCUUAUGGUAUUCACGAGAAUCCAACGAGGGUGGACAACACGCAACAGGAGGCUGAAGCAAAGCCAGUAACUAAAAAAAGCCUAUUAAGCAAAUUAGAAGAUAGGAUUAAGUCUCAUACCAUACACUUAAAUAGAAAAUUUGGUCAACAUCAAAGUGCAUCCGAAGAAUUGGCAGAAGCUGAAAGGAAUUUAAAUAUCGCUCAGCAACAUCAACGCGAAUUACAAAAGGUCAAAGCCGCUGAUGAUGAAUUUAUGGCAUACAAUCCGGUUGCAUAG